GCGUUUUAUUUCAAAACAAAUGCCAGACUCGUUCUUCACUUCCCAAAAAUCUCGCAAACGAAAACGUCCAGAACCAAGACCGAAGAAAGGAGAAGCCUCUAGCAGAACCAAAUCCAAACCCAACACACCAAACGGCACUUCCACUUCCCACAAACGGAAACGACAAGAUGAAGAACUCGAGUCUGAUCAGACGAAUGAUGACGAGGGAGGAGGCGUCGACGCUAUGGACCUUCGCAUAGAGACCGAAGACGAACAUGCUGAAAGUGGAGACGAGGAUCCUGAUGAAACACCAGCAGAAAAGCGGUUACGGCUCGCCCAGGUGUAUUUACAGGGCGUGAAAGAAGAUAUGGGUUUAGCGGAAGGCGAAUUCGACGCUGCUGAAAUCGACAAGGAAUUGAUUUCUGCACGUCUGAAGCAAGAUGUUAUGGAACACUCGGGCAAAGUCCAUCUCUUCGUAGCAGACUCCUACGACCUGUCUACCUCCGCACCCUCGAAACGGUUCAUCAAAGGUCACCGUCUUUCCGUAACUUGUGCCGUCGCAUCUCAGUCCGGACGAUAUCUGUUCACGUCCGGCAAGGAAGGUCACAUCAUAAAAUGGGAUCUUUCAACUGGGAAACAACUAAAACAACUCUACAAACUCCGACCGAAUAAAGGAAAAGGUAGCGGCAAAGGCAAAGGCAAAGCUGUCGAUCCCGACACAAAAGGCCACACCGACGAAGUUCUCGCACUUGCCGUUAGUCACGACGGCAAAUACCUCGUGAGUGGAGGUCGCGAUCGUAAGAUUGGGGUAUGGGAUGCAGACAAGUGCGAUUGGAUCAAAUCCUUCGUUGGUCCGUCUGGACACAGGGAUGGGAUAUCGGCCGUGUGUUUUCGGCAGGGAACGCAUCAGCUUUAUACCGCAUCUUUUGACAGAACGCUGAAGGUGUAUGAUCUCUCACCGACUGUAAUGGGUUACGUUGAAACUCUGUUUGGGCAUCAAGAUCAUGUAUUGGGGCUUGAUGCACUCAGAGCCGAGACGUGUGUGAGUGUUGGAGGUCGCGAUACGACCGUGCGGUUUUGGAAGAUUGUUGAGGAGACACAACUCGUUUUCCGAGGGGGAGGUCGAAGUAAAGUGAGAGAGGUGCUAGAAGCGGGGCUUGGAGGGGAUGAGGAUCAACAAGAACAACAACAACGUGGUAGUUACGUGGAAGGAAGUCUGGAAUGCGUGGCCAUGAUAGAUGAAAACACGUUUGUCAGCGGAGGGAAUAGUGGAACCAUUUCACUCUGGACCACACAGAAAAAAAAGCCGAUAUUCAAACAACCGGUUGCGCAUGGAUUGAAUGAAACACUCUCUACGACGUCGGGAAUGAUUCUCACACCUAGAUGGAUCACAACGUUGGCUAGUCUUCGGUACUCUGACUUGUUUGCCUCCGGCUCUUGGGACAAUAGCAUACGAUUAUGGAAGCUGGACAGCAAACUCAAGUCAUUUACCCUGAUUAGCACGCUGUCAAUCUCCGGGAUCGUUAAUUCUCUCCAUUUUGUCACACCACCGAAGGAGACCGCUGAGAGCCUGUUGUGGGUGGCUUCCUCGUUCGGCUCAUCACAAACGGAUGAUAGGGCACAGAGAUCCGACACUGCAUUGAAACCAGCGUUAUUAGUUGCUGGAAUAGGGCAAGAGCACCGUCUCGGGAGAUGGAUGAAUACGAAGGAUCAGGGAGGCAAGAAUGAAUCAGUUGUAUUUGCGCUUCUCCCGAAGAGACUACGCUAG